AUGUAUAUGAAUUCCCAUGUAUUAAUAUUAAAAUUGUGGCUUUAAUGAUUUUAAUCUGUUGUAUUUAAUUGUCAUAUCAAUACAUGUUUUUAUUAAAUUUAUUGAAAGCAGUUUACUCGUCUAUUUAAUAGGAAAUAACAUUUCUGUGCAUGCUGCAAACCAUAGAUACACACAAAAGCACAGCAUACAAUUACAAAUCACAUCCAUUUUAUUUGUUUGCUGUACUGCAUAUCUUUAGAAUCCAGAUGUUUGCAAGGAACAUAUCCAAAUUCAGCCCUUUAUCAAUGGAUCUUCAUAUUCAUUCUCAGCUACAGCGUCCGUCACACUCAAAGCUCGCGCUUGUUAUGAUUCGAAUUUGAAAAUAGCGCCAGUGUGCCACGUUACGACAUGGUUUACGGCACUGAUAUCGAACGCUCAUUGGUCCUCAUCCAAUUCGUCACAGAUUGCGACAUGUCGUGUUUCAGUUUAUGACAUUUGAGUACUGCGCCAGUGCGCCUUCACGGAGAGAAGACAGAUACAUAAUUUCAUGGAUUAAUAAAUUAAAUUCUGCUUUGUACCCUAUAAAAACUAUUACCUCCAUAUAGAGGACUGCGACUGGAACUCAUUAUCAUUUGAACUACUUUUGGUACCACUUUUGAUAUUUUCGCAAAAAAUAAAUGAUUAACGUUACGUUUGUUUGUUAUUUGUUUAUUUAUAACAGUAACGUUAUGUAGUUUUAAGAAAUGUUGUCUUUAAAAUAAAAAAUCUUUCACUUUAAAGUGAAAUCUUUCAUUUUAAAAUAAUGGUCCAGAUCACUAGUAGUUCAUGCGGACUGACAAGGUAACACUUGAGUAAUUAGUCAGGAGUUAACAUGUUUUUCACUUUAAAAUAAUGGUCCAGAUCACUAGUAGUUCCUGCGGACUGACAAGGUAACACUUGAGUAAUUAGUCAGGAGUUAACAUGUUUUUCACUUUAAAAUAAUGGGCCAGAUCACUAGUAGUUCCUGCGGACUGACAAGGUAACGCUUGAGUAAUGGGCUCGUUGCACAAGAUGGCGCCCUUUAACUUCCGGGGCGCAAGUGUGUGCAUACUUAUUUCCGGUCAUAUAGAACUGUGAGGGAAGAAGUGAAGAUCUGUGUCUUCGUUAGCAAAAAUAAGCAUGUUUAAAAUGAAAAAGAAUAAAGUCGUUUAUCAGCGACAGGAGAGAACAUCUUCCCUACAUUGCUGUGUACCUCAGUGCACUAAUUCGUCUCGGUACAACAGCGCAAUAAGCUUUCAUUCUUUCCCUGUUGACGCUGAAGUUCGUGCUCAGUGGUUAACGAAAAUCCGUAGGGAUCACUUCAGUCCUACAAAAAAUACUAGAGUGUGUAGUGUUCAUUUCUGUGGAGCUAAUUUUGUUUUGACGCCUGGGGGACUGAGAAAACUUAAAAGGGGAGUUAUUCCCUCUCUUUUUGCAUGGAACAACUAUACUCUUCCCACACCGAGAGAGAAUGUUUGGGAUCGUCGACCAAGAUGCUCCGUCCCAGAAGAGACGUCUCCGCCUGAAUCUGAGAUGAGUGAACCACAAACGGCACCUGAUCAUGACUACCCUGUCACUCCAGCAACAUCAGUAAUGGCAGGUGAAAUGGCAAUGAGUUAUGACGAACUGAAGAGGAAAUUGGAAGAUCUACAAUAUCAGUUGGAAACUGUACAGUUACAGUCCCGUUUUGGUUUACACCGCAUCGCUGGAUCAGACGACAAUAUUCGUUUUUACACGAGGUUUGCUUCUUACAAGCAUUUCUUGGCCUUUUGGAAAUUGGUGGAGCCUGCUGCAAAAAGUAGGAUGGUGCGAAUUACCAGGGCAAGGGCUGCCUCUGACAGCUUUGAUGAGCUGACCCAAACAAAAACAACGAAACUUGCACCAAUAGAUGAGCUGCUGCUUUUUCUGAUGCACUUGUCUGUGGGUCUGCCUCUCAGGGAUCUAGCAGAGCGCUUUGGUGUUCAUCGGACCACAGCUAGCCGAAUCAUUGUGACUUGGACACACUUUCUGUACAAUCUACUUGGUUCAAUUCGCCUGUGGAUACCAAAAGAAGUCGUCAGAGCUCUCUUACCACCAGAGUUUGCAGACUUCCCCGACACUCAAGUGGUGCUGGACUGCACUGAAUUGUACUGCCAAACACCCUCCUUUCUACUACUUCAGAGUGAGGUGUUUUCGAAUUACAAAUCACACAGUACAUUGAAGGCGAUGAUUGGCAUUGCACCACAUGGUGCCAUUACCUUUGUUUCAGUGCUGUAUGCAGGCUCUAUGAGUGACCGGGAGAUUUUCAAACUUUCAGGAAUUAUUAAAUGCCUCACACCAGACAUGGCCAUUAUGGUUGACAAGGGCUUUUUGGUAGAUGAUCUCGUUCCUUGCAAGGUUUACCGACCUGCUUAUCGGUCAAAGAAUUCCCAGAUGUCCAGGCAGGAUGUACAACAGACCCAAUCCAUUGCCCGGCUGCGAGUACAUGUUGAGAGAUGCAUCUGGAGGGUGAAGGAGAACAAACUGUUUGACAAACCCAUACCAUUGUCAAUAUGUGGCAGCAUUGACCAGCUGUUUAGUGUAGCUUGCUUUCUGGUCAACUACCAGAAUGGACCACUGGUGAAGUCAUGGUCAGUUAAAUGCUGAAUGUCAGAAGAAAAGGUAAUGCUAGUGUUGAAAAGAUAUCAUUUUAAAUCAGCUUUGUAUUGCUAGAAUGUUCACUGAAUUGCAAUUAUAAAUAAAUGUGGUGUCUUCUGCAGCUAACUAGAAGAGAGAUUUAACAGUAUGUAAAUGAACAUUCUAACAAAAUAGAGCUGUUUGAAAAUUGCCAACUUGUAAAUUAAACCCUCAUAUUACCUUUUAUUUUACAUUCAGCUUCCUUAAACUGCCCUGCUCCUGGAGAGGUACCUUCCUGCAGACUUUAGCUCCAACCCAAAUCAAACACUUCUGCCUUUAAAUUUCAAGUAACUGUGAACGCCUUAAUUAGCUGCUUCAGGUGUUUGAUUGGGGUUGGAGCU